UGAGUUAUCCCAACUUUGAGAUGCCAAAACGUGUUUGACUGGAAACGCAUACUACGAUAUUAAAAGCCAAACGCGGACUGCUCGUAGCUCAGGUGAAAGGAUGUAGACUCACAUUCUACCGUAAUUACGGUAACUCGGAUGUCAGCAAAACCGGAAAUAGCCGUUCGUACAAGAACCACAUCAGGACAUGUCUUUUUGAUUCAGCUAUAUCAGAAAUAUCAUUUUCGCUUUGACAUUUCCCUGCAAACGUUUUAUGAGAAGUUGAUUUAUAGAAGCUAACGAUGCUGUCGGAGGACGACGUGACGAGCAAUAGCGUUUCUUUCCACAGUAGACUGGCUUCUGUUAUGGCCACGGUGGCUAAAUCUGCUGUGGCGGAGAUCGGCAAACUGUACGACGACGGGUUAGUCGUUCUACGUUUGGAGGUGAGCCGCAAAGACUCAGAAAUAGAGGCACUGAAGAAAAAACUUGAAACGGUAGAAAACGAACUGAGGUCUGUGAGAGAGUCCCAGCGUCCAGUGACCCCGACGCUCCCUCCCUGUUCUGGAAAGAGACCAGGUCAAGGAGAAUGCAUGGAGACCAAUCAGCAACUUGUUUUGAAACAUCAGACAUCUGAUGCUGGCUUGUGCAACAGAAGAACAGAGGUUCAGGCAGUGAAUACUAUUUGUGCAUCUUCUGAAGAAAUUAACCUGCAGAACACCCUCAUUAAUAACAAUGACACAGAUUCACAUACCACAGUUCCACCUCCUGUGGAAGAUCUCAACAAGCCAGCAUGCAGGGAUGAAGACUUUGGUGGACUGGAGCUUCAAAUGAAGAUGGAAGAGUCAUGCAUUCUAGACCAAAGCAAUGCAGAGUCAGGCUCAGAGUGUGUUGCGAUUGAGGAAAGAGAAACACAAACAUGGUCUUCCGUUGCCGCUGUGAACGACAUGGAUAACACAAAAGAUGCAGAAGAUCUUGAGUGCUCUUUUGUAACUGAACAAGCUCCACCAUGUGCAAACGCAGAACGCCGUCAUUUUCUCUCCAAUGUGCACAGUGUUGGUGCUAGCUCAUCUACACCGGUUGCUCAAAGGACAAACAGCCUCAACACAGAACCAAUGAGACAGCAGAGCAGGAUGCAGCCGCAGUGGAACGAAGCAUCAACAGACUUUAACUCCUUACAGCAAGUGCAGCGGUCACUGUUUUCGCAGCAGAGAUCAGAGAGGAUGAACCAGCAAAGGUUACUUUUUCCUGUAUCACCUCCAAAAAAUUCAAUAAGUCAAGACUGUCCCACACUCUCAUACAAUAUUCUUAACCAUAACCGCAGCAGAGGCAUAUUUACAGUGGACGAUACAAAUUUAGGUAGAGCAACGUCACCUCAGAGGAGAAAGCCUGUAAAAGAGAAAUGGUUCAUUUGUUCGUUCUGUGGAAAAAGUUUUGACCGCUUCAGCCACCUUCAGAUGCAUCAACGAAUUCACACUGGAGAGAAGCCCUUCAGCUGUAGCACCUGUGGGAAAAGUUUCUCCCAGCAAAGUAACCUACGCACACACCAAAGAACCCACAGAGAUGUCCGGUUACCUCAAACUAAAGCUUUUUAAAAUGGAAAAUGAGAAAAACGAUGGAAAACUUGUACACUGAAGUGUAGUUUUUAUUCAUUCCUUGUAUGAAACCCAACCCCAUCAUUUUGGUUUUUCCAAUUUUAGAUGUGUCUUUAUUUUUUACAAUAAACAAAAAGUUGACAA